AUGCCCAAAUCAACAGAACCUCUCUCCCAGCAACUCGGCCUCUCUCAACCCGGAAACUCGCCAAAUAUGACGGACAAUACGACCGCGGCUGCAGAUAAGAUAGGCGCAAAGAAGGAUACCAAUGCUAUUCCACAGGAGAAUCCGAGUGUGCUUAGUAGCGCGGGGGCAAUCGGACGACAAUUCAAUCCCGAUGGGUCAAUUGGCCAGAUUCCACAGGCGGUGGGGGGUCCGUUUAGCAAGGAUGGCGUGAUUGGGAGUCAGUUUGAUGCGAGUAAGAAUGGGAUUGCGGGACAUGUGGAGAGGGCGGUGGAUGGGCCGAGUAAUCCAGCUGGGAGCUCGAAGUAG